UAACAGCGCAUGGCAUUCCAUUGCGUUGGGUAGUUGAGUUCCGCCCGUAGAGUGAAAACGCAAGUUCGUAAGUCCGUACGAAACAGUUGGGGAUUGAUAACCGUGGACGUAUAAGACAUAGUGUUUCGCGCCGAGAGGCCAUCAUUGAGUCUCCGCACGGAUUUAACACAUUUGCUCAACAGUCUAUGGCUGAGAAGUGUCGCGCCAUUGAAAGAAGACACAUUGCCACCAACAAACUCUUUUCAAAUGAAGUCGGAGGAGAAGAGCUACGAGCGCAUUGCCAAUCAGCUGGACGGCACGCGCGGAUGGGUCGUCACGGCCGCCUGUUUUAUGGCAGCCUUCCUAACAGAUGGAAUUACGUUCUGUUUUGGAUUGAUCCUUUUUGAAUUAAUUCAAGUGUUUGACGAACCUGUGGAAAAAGUCGCUUGGAUUCCUUCUUUCCUAUUGGGCAUUCAGUUACUGUCAGGGCCACUGGCAUCAGCGCUGAGCAAUCGAUUUGGAUUUCGCGCCGUCAUCGUAUCCGGGAGUGUCCUUGGUUUCGCAGGGCUUACCUGCUCGUCCUUUGCUCCUUCGGUUGACGUGUUAUUUCUCACCGUCGGCUUAAUGUGUGGCGUAGCUUUCGGACUGGUGUGGACCCCGGCCGUUGUUGCCGUUAGCUACUUUGAAAAUAGACGAUCCCUAGCGACAGGUGUCGUCAUGUGCGGAUCCGGAAUGGGCACGUUCGUAUUCGCACCGUUCAUCUAUUGGUUAUUAGAAAAUUACGCACUACGAGGAACGUUUCUCAUUUUGGGGGCUUUGUAUUUGAAUUGCGCGGCAGUUGGGGCCUUCUUCAGGCCGAUGAAAAGAGGUGGAAGAAAAUCACGCGGAACUGUAAUCAAGUUAAACGUGAAGAGACGGCAAUGCAAUACAGCCCGCCAGUUGCUGGAGAACACGGAUGUUUCAAUGUUGGCACUUGAACGCGGACAAUCCGACAUGUCGACAGAAGAAUGCGUAAUUGAAGAAGAACUACGACCGGCAGAUUUCGUAGAAGACGGUACUAAGCAGGUGGAUGUGCUCUGUGGUACAGAUCAAAUGGAAUCUUCCAGGAAUCGAUCCAUUUUCAAAUUUUCUCUUUUCCGCUCUCCUUCGUUCGUCCUAGUGUGCACUUCCAGCUUCGUCCAAUUGCUCGGAAGCUUCGUUCCCUACGUGUAUCUCACAGCUUACGCUAUUGAUAUGGGCAUCUCCAAAGAAGCGGCAUCGUUCUUGCUGUCGAUUGUAGGCGUCACGAACACGGUUGGAAAUAUCGCCGUCGGGGCAUUGACGAGCCAUCCUAAGGUGAGCGUCCUGCUGACUAACAAUAUCGCCUUAUCACUGGAAGGUUUGUUAUUAAUCGCCUGCCCACUCUUUACCACAUACGGCGCUCUGGUCUUCUUCGCCGUUAUGUACGGACUCUGUUCGUCUUGCAUUUCGGUGUGUCGACCCAUUUUGAUGGGCGAAAUGCUGGGCUUUGACAACGUGAACAAUGCCUUUGGCUUUGUCCUUAUGUUUUAUGGAUUGGCCAGCUUCAUCGGUAUUCCAUUGGCUGGUCAUUUGUAUGGAACGUAUGGUGACUACAAUGGCACAUUCUAUUUUGCUGGAUCUGUUGUUUUCGUCGCUGGUGCUAUUUGCUAUCCGUUGGCAUGUAUCAAAAACAAAGAAAACGAAGCAUGAAAAGUUUGUAACAGCGAUCAAAUGUUUUAUUGUAAAAUCUGUGCAGUUGCCGCAAAAAAAAAACAUACAAUCUGCCAUUUUAAUCGUAUUUCAAGUAUUUAAUAAUGGUCUUUUGUUUUCAUCACUUUUAAUAAACAAUCACGUUAUUUGCA